UUCAAAGCAACAGAACAACUUGACGACGAGCCCUGGCGGCCACACGGAGACGCUGCUGUCGGUCUCCGUGUAUUUAUAAUCCACUUUAAAAAAGAAAACCCCCAAACUGCAGCGAGCUGUUGGACGUUAUGUACUGUAAAAACGGCGGCUUCGCGCUCAGAAAUGCUUAUAAUUAAGUUUGAUUUAUUUGUACAUUUAUUUGUUCAGUUGUUUCUUGUUUUUUUACAAAGACGUGAAAAGUAUUUAUAUCUUAAAAUUACUUAAAAAAAAAAACAAUGUCUGGCGAAUUUCUGGAGUCCAUUUACGAAGGCUCGGAGGGAAGUGGGUUCAACUUCAGUUGUGUUUUCAACGCGACCAACGGCUCCAGGGAAGAGAACUUCCACCUGCAGGACUUUGGGAAAAGUGAUUUUGUGGGAGACGGCGCGGCUUUUGUGAGGAUUACCAUCUCUGUCAUUUACUCUCUGGUCUGCGCUCUGGGUCUGGUUGGGAACUUACUGGUCCUGUAUCUGAUGAAGACCAAACGGGUGUGGAAGAAAUCCUCCAUAAACCUUUUCGUGACCAGUUUGGCGGUGACGGACCUCCAGUUCGUCCUGACUCUGCCCUUCUGGGCGGUGGAGAACGCGCUGGACUUCACCUGGCUGUUCGGCAAAGCCAUGUGUAAGAUAGUGUCCUACGUGACGGCUAUGAACAUGUACGCCAGUGUGUUUUUCCUGACGGCCAUGAGCGUGGCCAGGUACUGCUCCCUCGCCUCUGCGCUCAAGGGAAGACGGCGACGGACGCGCUGCUGCUCUGCGCGCUGCCUCACCGCCUUCAUCUGGUUCGCCGCCGUCUCUGCCGCGCUGCCGCACGCGGUCUUCUCCACUACCGUCACGGUCUCCAACGAGGACCUGUGCUUGGUCAAAUUCCCCGAAAUCAAUGGCACCACGCAGUUCUGGCUGGGACUCUACCAUUCCCAGAAAGUGAUGCUGGGUUUCGUGUUGCCGCUGGGCGUCAUCUCCGCCUGCUACCUGCUCCUGCUGCGCUUCAUCAACUCCAAAAACAUCAACACCUCCAGCGCCAAGCGCCGCGCCAAGGUCACGAAGUCCGUCACCAUCGUGGUGCUGUCCUUCUUCCUCUGCUGGCUGCCCAACCAGGCGCUCACCGCCUGGGGCAUCCUGAUCAAACUGAACGCGGUCCACUUCAGUUACGAGUACUACACCAUGCAGGUGUACGUGUUCCCGGUGUCCGUGUGCCUGGCUCACUCCAACAGCUGCCUGAACCCCAUCCUCUACUGCCUGAUGAGGAGGGAGUUCAGGAAGGCGCUGAGGAAACUCUUCUGGCAGAUGACGUCUCCGGCCCUGACCACGAUACGGCCCAUCACGGCCACCACCAAGCCCGAACUGGACGCACAGGCGCAGGCGGCGCCAGUCAGUGCGCCCCUGGAGGAGGCGGUGGUGUUUUAUCCUCCGGGCGCAGUGAUGUACAACGACCGGAGGGAUCUGCCGCAGAACAGCACGUAAGAAGGUGGUUUGGACUGUGGGUCGAGUCCCGGAGGAGUGGGGAUCACGCACGGGACGGAGCACCGUGUCAUGUUUGGUUCGUGUUUGUCUCUCCAUCCACAUUAGAUAUUGUCUCCUCUGCUGUAUAUAAAGGAGCGGACAUGUCUGUCUUUAAUGUGCGUUGACACUGAAGUUGUUCAUGAAGUGCGUGGACAACAUGGAAAACACCUGGGGAUAAGGACAGAGUGGACUUAGGACGGCUCGUUCGUUCGUUCGAUCGUUCGUUCGUUCGUUCAACACGGACGAAAGAAGAGGAAACUUCCCUCCACACAGACAGGAGACAGAGAGAGAGAGAGAGAGAGA